AUGGGCGUCUCUUACCAGCCGCUGGACGUGAUAAGCCCCGGAGCUACUUCCGAAUGCCUUCUCGAGGUGCCUUUCGAGACCUACAGCGACUCACCCUCGUCCACGACCCUUUCUACCGGCCAUACCACGUCUGAGGGGGAAGUCAAGGGCAGCGCUACCGUGCGACUCCAUGCGAUCCCCGGCGCGGAGGUGGGGCCGCGUAUCGGUAAAUGGCCUCGGUCACUGGCGGGCUUCGUUCGGUCCAGAUUCACGACUCGACGGGCUGAUCACGACGACGCUUUACCGCUGCUUUCGGAGGAUUCGCAUUCGCCACAAAGUAGGAAGAAGCGGUCUUGUCGGUCGUGUGUGGAGCGUUGGUUGGUGCGCGGACUGUUGGGGUUCUUCGUUAUGCUGGGAGUUAUCCAGUUCAUCUCGAUCGCCUGUGCAAUCGGGCUGAUCUUCUUCCCGGACGAAUAUGACCGCGCAGCACGCUCAUUGAUGCACACCAGCGAACAAACCAACACCGACGACAUCGCCCACUGGCCAACCGAUUUCACCCGCGAAGUCAUCCCCGUCGGGUGUCACUCACACAACGACUACUGGCGCCGAAUACCUUUAUUCUCCGCCCUACAGGCAGGCUGCAUCGGAGUCGAAGCGGAUGUCUGGCUCUUCGACGAGGAACUAUACGUCGGCCACACACGAUCAGCACUGACGAAGCGCCGCACUCUACGAUCCUUGUACGUCGAUCCACUCGUGCGCAUCCUCGAUCGUCAAAAUCCGGUUACCCCGUUCCAGCACACGAUCGACCUACCCCCGCACGGGGUCUUCGAUACAGAUCCCGGACAGAGUCUGAUCCUACUGAUUGACUUCAAAACGGACGGUGCGGCGACUUGGCCCGCCGUCGUGAAGGAAUUGGCUCCGCUGAGGGAGAAGGGAUAUCUCACUUUCUUCAAUGGACGGGAUAUCAUCCCCGGACCGGUGACGGUCGUCGGAACGGGGAAUACGCCUUUCGACUUACUCACCGCAAACACGACAUACCGGGAUAUCUUCUUCGACGCGCCCCUUGACAAACUAAUCGAUGACCUGGGCCUGGACCGAGGGCAGGUCUCGCCGGUAAAACGGUCCACGGGCCUGGGCCAGGGUCUAUCCGGGAUGCCGGACAGUAUCAACGCGCACACCUUCAACAUCACGAAUAGCUAUUAUGCCUCUGUAUCCUUCAAAAAGGCCGUCGGAUUCCCCUGGCCUUUCCAUUUCACGGAGACACAAAUGGAGUCUAUUCGGAGACAGGUGCGUAUUGCGCAUAGUCAUGGGUUGAAGGAGGGGGUUGAUAUUUUGAAUGUGGACGAUUUGGCGGCUGCUACUCAGGGGGAUUGGAAGAUUAAGAUUUUUGAUUGGUGGUUUUAG